GGGGCCAUUGAAAGCCCUUGGGACAAGUCUGGUCGCUGUCUAAGCUGAGCGUUGAGACAGGUGCAGGCGCAGCAGGACCCUCCAAAUCACUGAUCCCAUCCUAGGGGGUGGAACAAGCUGUGUUUCCUUGACCGACUUUUGUGAGCCCCCUCUCUCCGGUGGAGCGGAGACCAUGGCCCCUCAGGGCUCCCAGGCCCCGCUGGAAUUCGGGGGGCCCUUGGGCGCUGCGGCGCUGCUGCUGCUGCUGCCUGCCACCAUGUUCCAUCUGCUCUUGGUGGCCCGCUCAGGCCCGGCGCGGCUACUGGGCCCACCCCCCUACCUGCCCGGGCCGGAGGAGCUGUGGAGCCCGCGGGCGCUGCUGCUGUGGCUCACCUGGCUCAGCCUGCAGGUGGCGCUCUACCUAUUGCCAGCGCGCAAGGUGGCUGAGGGGCAGGAAUUGAAGGACAAGAGUCGCCUCUGCUACCCCAUUAACGGCUUCCAGGCCCUGGUGCUGACAGCUCUGCUGGUGGGGCUGGGGGUGUCAGUGGGGCUGCCCCUCAGGGCUCUCCCGGAAAUGCUCCUGCCCCUGGCUUUUGUGGCCACCCUCACGGCUUUCAUCUUCAGCCUCUUUCUCUAUAUGAAGGCUCUGGUAGCACCUGCCUCAGCCCUGGCACCUGGGGGAAACUCAGGUAAUCCAAUUUACGACUUUUUCCUGGGACGGGAACUCAACCCUCGCAUCUAUUCCUUUGACUUUAAAUAUUUCUGUGAACUUCGGCCUGGCCUCAUCAGCUGGGUCCUCAUCAACUUGGCCUUGCUGGCGCAGGAGGCGGAGCUGCGGGGGAGUCCCUCACUGGCCAUGUGGCUGGUCAAUGGCUUCCAGCUACUCUAUGUGGGUGAUGCUCUCUGGCACGAGGAGGCUGUCCUCACCACCAUGGAUAUCACACAUGAUGGGUUUGGCUUCAUGCUGGCCUUUGGAGACUUAGCUUGGGUACCCUUCACCUACAGCCUGCAGGCCCAGUUCUUGCUGUACCACCCGCAAUCCCUGGGCUUGCCCAUGGCCUCAGUCAUCUGCCUUAUCAAUGGUCAGUCAGGAAGAGGCACCAAGUUGGGCCUAACAUUCCCCCACCCCCUUUUAUUCAUUCUGUUUAUGCAGCACCCACAGCCAUUGGUUACUACAUCUUCCGUGGGGCUAAUUCCCAGAAAAACACUUUCCGAAAGAAUCCUUCUGAUCCCAGAGUGGCUGGUCUUGAAACCAUCCCGACAGCCACAGGACGGAAGCUGCUGGUGUCUGGGUGGUGGGGGAUGGUCCGACAUCCCAACUACCUUGGAGAUCUCAUCAUGGCUCUAGCCUGGUCCUUGCCCUGUGGGGUGUCCCACUUGCUGCCCUACUUCUACCUCCUCUACUUCACUGCACUGCUGGUGCACCGUGAGGCCCGGGAUGAGCAGCAGUGUCUGCAGAAGUAUGGCCUGGCCUGGCACGAAUACUGCCAGCGUGUGCCUUACCGUAUUGUGCCUUACAUCUACUGAAGCAGCUUCACUGUUCCAAGUCAGGGCAUGUGCCUACCCACCCACCUGCACACUCAGGCCCAGGAGCUUGGACACACUGAGGACUCAAGGGUCUGCACCCUACCCAAACCACAGCUCCAUUAGGCAGGAUGAACAGCCUCAGAGAAGAAGUGGUUUGGGGCAAGGAGAAAAUGAAGCCAGUGCCCCAAAAUGGAAAUUUUCUUCCUCCUUUGGAUAACUGGAACCCUUGGUGCACUUCUCUCCCAUUCUGGUGCCAGGUGUUUAUGACUUGUUUAGUCAGCCCUCAUCAGUGAGCAGCUGGGUAGUUUGUGGGCCCAAGAGUCCAGGGUAGGGUGGGACAACAGUUUUCACUGGGAGAUGGUUGCUGACUGCUUGAACCCAGGAGUCUGAGGUUGCAAUGAGCUGUGAUCAAGCCACUGCAUCCCAGCCUGAACAAGAGUUAGACUCUGUCUCUUAAAAAUAAAUAAAGCAAUGGGCACUGCCAACAGGGCAGACCAGUCA